AUGUCCUUGCCCCUCUACUGGGUGACGAAGAGGUUCUUCUAUCCCAUCGGGAACACUGCUGCCGUCUGCCUCACGCGGGAUCUCCCACCUGGGCAGUCGGCUGAUGUGCUUCUCCUUGGGUGCGGCGACGCGCGGAACGUACUAUACACGAUCUACUAUGAUCUGCCCUCUCUAUCGGGCCGUCGUAAACUUGAUUUUACCUGCUGCGACAACCAGCCUGCUAUCCUAGCCCGAAAUAUCUUGCUGUAUGUCCUCAUCCAGGAGAACGAACCUAUCGAGAAAAUCUGGAACAUCUAUUAUCACUUCUUCAUUGAUGAAGCGUCUUCCAAUCUCCUCACACGUUACUGCAGAGCCUUGCUUCGUUUCUCCAACACCGUCGAGGAUUGGCGGAUGUGCAAGUAUGGAUCCUGGCUGAAAUUUUUGGACAGCAAUACACUCUCUGAAGUUCGUCAAUAUUGGGAGCGAUAUGCUAACUUCCAGGACAUCGAUCCAAGCAAAGAUGUUAAGCUGCGAAAACAUAUCAAGAAGAUGGGCGCUUCCAAUAAUGGCAACUCUGGCUAUCUCUCCACGAAUAUCGGCUCUGCUCGCUCCGCAGGGCCAGUGUGGAACAAGGCAUUGGCUUCCAUGUCAGAAUUGUUUCGUCGGUAUUGGAGUUCUGGUACCACCUUCCUUCACCCAGAUGAAGUACAGGCUGCAUCAUUUAUCAAUCCGACCUUCGUAUACUCUCUCCAGGGAGAGACGUUCGAUCCUCACUACGGGACGUUCCCGCUUCAGACCUUUCACACCGCCGCCGCAUUCAUACCUAACUCCACUCGACCUGAGACUGUUGAUCCAAUGGAGACGCUCCUUCAAACGGCAAAGGCACAGUUCACUGCAUGGUGCUCCUGUUUUCGGGAGGUUGUGAAUGUCGCAGGCUCGCCCUCCGUGGUGAUCCGGUUCUACACCGGAGAUGCGCUGGCCUUCGGCUCUGGGUUAUCCCAUGUCGCUCAAACCGGUGACGCGGCGACACCGCACUAUGCGUGUCCCUGGCAGAGCCGUCAAGUGAACCUUGACCAGCUCAUUCUUACCGAAGCGCCCUCGCUCUUCGACGUCGUCGAUACGUCUAACCUGACGGAUGACCUGGGUUUGCUCAAUCUCUUGCUUGUAGGCGAACCCCUGAUGAAGAAGACUUCCGGCCGCUGUCCUGUUCUCUACACAGAGACGCUUCUACGAGCUGGGGAAGACCCACUACGCUCUCUCCCGGGUCGCUUAUGUGGGGACCCACAGGUCAUGGCUGUCCUUCUCGGCCUCAUCCCCCGGCCCAUGCUGACGGGCUUCCAGACGAAUUCUCAUAGCCACGAACGUCAAAUACACUAUGCGACGAACAACAAGGAUAGCACAGCAGGGCAGUAUCAUGAGCGCACUUCUUGGGUCUGUCCCGUGGGAGGUGAUGAUUCUCGUGAAGCUUCGGCUGCUUUACACCUCCCUUCUGAUACUAAAGAUGCCGCCUGCCUCUUUUUUGACAUUUACGAUAAAAUGCUGGAGUUCGAACAUAAUGGUCCUGCAGAAUCUCUGCGGAUGGCUGCACGUCAGCCACGGCAGGUUAUCUUCAACGUGGUAGCGAAAGAGACGAUUCGAUAUAAUCGGGGAACGGUCGCGAUGCUGCUUAGACACGCAAGGAGUCGGGUCACUUGCACCGAUGAAGAAUGGAGUGUAGUCAUGAAGAUCUUCCUGGACAAAGUGCGGGCUGACUCCUUCCGCCUGGUGGGGAAAGGCUUUAUGCAAGACCUAGCUACACAGCUGUAUACGUAUGGCGUCUACACUGUGUGGCGUGAAGCUGGAAUUGAGAGCGCGUGGAGAGCAAUACCCCCAACGAUCACCGAGGGCCUGUCGUCCAGCUCGGCAUCUCAGGUGGCAUGCCUUACACUCACCGUUCCCCGCGCCGCUUUGCAGCCAUUGCUAUCCCCCAACAAUACGCCGCUCGAGGGUACGCCGGUGUUACUCUUACGCUUGGCUCGUGGUAUCGCCCAUCCGACUUUCUCUAGCAUUCAUGCUGUCCCAGGUCGGUUGGAUGUAUCUGUCGAUCCACCGGUAAUCAAGCAGUCACGACGCGGCCUUGACGCCGCAACCUUUGUGUUCUUGUGCUGGGUACCGAUAUAUCUGCUCAGCCCUUCACCGUCGACGAUCAGCCUGACGGUCUGGGACACACCAACUAUAUUGGAGCAAUUGAUGCCUCGACUCGGUCUAUCUCUAGACCUGUACACCGCGCCCCUUACGGAUAGAGCAAGAGUCCGGGUGUUAAAUACUCGCCCGAAUAUCACUUCAGAGCCGCAAGCCACUCCGGAUACCGUGCAUCGACAGUCGCCAUCAUCUAAUCCAGCGAACCGUACUAGUAUCACUAUCAAUCUGGCUGACAAUCGAAUCUCUACAUUGACAGGAAGACUAGACGUCUGUGCAGAAGCUACAAGGUCUAAACUCUCCGGAGGGGCGGAAGUAUUGAUGGAGCAGAAGGGACCAUGCACUGUGGAAGUAUCGAUAGGUUGCUACAAGCAUGUGAUACCGUAUCCGUUCCCGAUCAUAGGAGAGCGGAUCAAGGGGAGGAUAACUCGAAAUUCUUGCUACGUCGAAGCUAUUGUCCCACCCUCGGGUCCCCUCUCCCCGGGAGGCUACUUGUAUAAUCCUUUCCCGGUCAUCGGGAGGUCGUCCUUGGCAGCAUGGGGAUUGCAUGCCGUCAAUCUCGAUAAGUCACCAGUCGUCGAUGUCGGCGAAAUUACCCAAAUGGAAUGGCUCAACUCACACGUCACCCUCCAAAUGUCGGAUCGUGAGAAGACGCUACGUGCGGAUGGUACAGGCCAUUCAGACGCCCUUAUGAACGUCAAGGACAGCAUACACUGCUUGAUCGGUGCAUUCGCGGGAUUCGACAGAGAUGGCCUGAGUCGUCGGGUAUUCGGUUUGAGGGAUCCCGGUAAUGUUGGCAUCCACACCCUGAUUUUCAUGUCAAAUCUCCGGAUGGACCUACAGGCAUUCACGGUCGUGGCUGAUGUUGCUGUCAUACCGCUGCAUGACAUGAACAUGCCGUACCUCGGAGUCGGCCUCCAGGCACUAACUGACCAAAUGGAUAGCACCUCUCACCGUACCCUCCGCACCAUCACCACGGGCGGCAUCGAAGGAGUGACUUGGAGGAAGCUGCUCCCAUCUGCGGUUGAGCGUUGUCGCACUUGGGCUCACAAAGAUAGCUGUGAGUACGGCAGCGAGGUAUCUGCCACUGGUCGCACGAAAGUCCCAAUCUCAGCAGGGAUCGAUCAGCCUUGCAUCUGCUCUUGCGGGGAGGGUGCCAAUCUGGAGUCUUUCCGGGACCUCGAUGCGAUCACGAGCUGGAGAUAUCUGAGGGCGUAUGCCACACGGGCGGCCAUAAGUCCCCUAUUUUCCGUGUCGUAUGUCGAGCCGGUGGGGUCUCAGCAAAGCAGCAUAGGUAAUGCGACCGGAUGGCGGCAGUUUGGCUAUUGCAAUAAUGACUGGAAGUGCAAGAAAUGCGGGGGCCUCGGAUCACCCACGCUCUCGACGUGCAAGGGGUGUAAAGGAGUUAAAUACUGUUCUCGUGAUUGCCAGAAGGCGGACUGGGAAGAUCAUAAGCAGUUUUGUGAACGAUGA